AUGAGUGACUCCGGUCUUCUGAAAGGUCUUUUCCGAUUCAAACGUGGAUCUAUCGGUUCGGUGUGGUCCAAGUCCGUCCCUAAAUAUCUAUUGACCGAGCAUGACCUAGUCGUUGCUCAGCUUCGUGGGCUAAUACUCGACUCGCCGCGUGGCUAUCGCGUAUCAGCUCAAGUGUCGAGGCCCACCCUAUCGGGCCGAUGGUCGACUCUCGGUCGAGCCUUCGACCAGUCGACUCAAGGGUCAAAGCUCGAUCCUUCAGGCCGCUCGCCUUUUGGUCGAGCCUCAAGCCGGUUGAGGCUUGAGUCCCUUUGGCUCGGUUCGACCCCAUGGGUUACUCUACCCCUGUUUCAUGGGACUUUAUCGUGUUGGGCCGAAUCGGACCCAGUGGAGGUCUUCAUGAGCUUGGAGUCCUGGCCGUCGUCCCCCGCCGCCGACGAGCCACCGGCCGACACGCUUCUGGUGGGCUUCGUGAUCGCCAACGUGGUCGGGCUGCGUUACUACGAGGGGAGGAUCAGCGGCCGGGAAAUGGUGGGUCUGGUCCGCGACGACCUGAACCCGCACGACGCGAACGCCAUUAAAGUUCUCAAUAUGAGGUCGGUGCAGGUCGGGUACAUCGAGCGGGCCACGGCGGCAGUGCUGUCGCCUUUAAUCGAUGCUAAUUUGAUCACCGUUGAAGGUAUUGUCCCAAAACCACCUGGAAAAGGAAGUAGAUUCAAGCUUCCCUGUCAAAUCCACAUUUUUGCGAGGGCAGAUGAGUUUGCGAUAGUGAAAGUACAAAUCAGAAUUGGUGGGUUGCAGUUAAUUUCAGAAAACAACGCGUCUUUUACAUUAUCCGAGUCUGCGGCUGUGAAAGAGAAAAAAGGUAGUGGAGCGGAGAAGAGUGUGGAUGAGAUAUUUAAACUGUUGGACUUGAAAGUUAGCAAAGAAGGGACCUCAGAGGCAUUAGAACCGCCAAAAGAUAUGAUAAAGUCGGAGCUCUUUCCCCAUCAGAAAGAAGGUCUGGGGUGGUUGGUUAGUAGGGAGAAUUCAAAAGAUUUGCCUCCAUUUUGGGAAGAAAAAAAUGGGAUUUAUGUGAAUGAAUUAACAAACUACCAGACUGAUAUAAGACCUGAGCCUUUGAGGGGUGGCAUUUUUGCGGAUGAUAUGGGCUUGGGAAAAACUCUUACAUUGCUAUCAUUACUUGCUCUGGAUAAGGCCCGCGCUGCAAAUUCUUCUGGUUAUAUGGAUGCUGAUGAUAAUGAGGAGGAAAAUAGUGCAUUUUGUGGUAAAGCACCUAAGAGAGGAAGAGGGAGCAAAAAGGCCGUGAACUCGGCCAAAAAGAGAAAACUCGGGGAUUUUAACGCUGACGGAAAGGGAAAAGGACCUGUCACCGAAAAAUCAUCUUCUUCUUCAGACCCGAUGACUACACUGAUAGUCUGCCCACCUUCUGUAUUUUCAGCUUGGAUUACACAAUUAGAAGAGCACACAAGAAAGGGCGUUUUCAAAGUGUACAUGUACUAUGGCGAACGGACUAAAGAUACUAAGGAGCUUCAGAAGCACGAUAUUGUGCUGACGACAUACUCCACACUUGCCAGUGAGCAGUAUUGGGGCAAUACUCCUAUUAAGAAGAUUGAGUGGAGACGGGUUAUAUUGGAUGAGGCACAUGUGAUUAAGAAUGUGAGCAGUAAACAGAGUCGUGCGGUCAUCAAUCUGAAUGCUAAGUGUAGAUGGGCUGUUACAGGGACACCCGUGCAGAAUAACUCUUUUGAUCUGUUUUCUUUAGUGGCUUUCCUGAAGUUCGAACCUCUUUCGGUAAAAGACCUUUGGAAUAGUCUGAUUCAACGUCCACUUGCACAAGGAGAUGAGAAGGGUUUCUCUCGGCUGCAGGUUCUUAUGGCAGCCAUAUCUUUGAGGAGAACAAAAGAUAAAGGUUUGAUUGGACUUCCCGCCAAAAGCAUAGAGACCGUUUAUGUGAACCUCUGUGAAAAAGAACGCAGGAUAUAUGACCAGAUGGAAGAAGAAGCCAGGAAUUUCGUUAAGGCCUACAUUUCUGAUCAAAAUAUGGUGAGGAAUUAUUCUACAGUUCUUAGCAUACUCGUGAGGCUUCGCCAGAUCUGCACGGAUAUGGCUCUUUGCCCUGAAGAUCUCAGAACUUUAAUUCUACCUAGUCAAAUUGAAGAUGUAAAGAACAACCCGACACUUCUUCAAAAAUUGCUUUCCGUGCUCCAAGACGGCGAGGACUUCGACUGUCCCAUCUGCAUAUCCCCACCAACCGACACAAUCAUAACAUGCUGUGCCCAUAUUUUCUGCGGGCCUUGCAUCGUGAAAACCCUCAAACGAACCAAGCCCAACUGCCCCAUGUGCCGAAACCCGCUUUCCGAAUCCGACCUCUUCAAAGCCCCCCAAGACCCGACUCAAGCCCAACCCACCGAAAAUUCCUCCUCCACACUAUCCUCCAAAGCCACAGCCCUUUUAAAACUCCUAACGGCAUCUCGUGACGCGAAAAACGACUCGCCUCCCAAAUCGGUCGUCUUCUCACAGUUCCGCAAAUUGCUGAUCCUUCUUGAGGGCCCGCUGAGGGAAGCGGGCUUCGAUGUGGUUAGGCUAGACGGGUCGAUGAAUGCCAAGAGACGAGCCCAAGUGAUCAGGGAGUUCAGUGGGCCCGACGGGCCCACGGUCCUUCUGGCAAGCCUCAAGGCCUCGAAUGCAGGGAUUAAUCUGGCGGCGGCUUCGAGGGUGUACCUGGUGGAGCCGUGGUGGAAUCCGGCGGUGGAGGAGCAGGCGAUGGACCGUGUGCACAGGAUUGGGCAAAAGGAGGACGUGAAAAUUGUGAGGUUGAUAGCAAGGGACACGAUUGAGGAGAGGAUAUUGAGGUUGCAGGAGAGUAAGAGGGCUCUGGCGAGGCGGGCUUUCGGGGGGAAGGGGCAAAAGGGUCAACGGGAGAUUAGUAGGGAUGAGCUUGGUAUCUUGAUGAAUUUGUGA